AUGGCUGGCUAUAGCCGACCGCUUAGUUUCUCCGAAAGGAGGGGAAGCACGAUGAGCUGCGGCGAGGAGUUGAGUUUGAGCACAACCAGCGCUGGUCCCGUUAUUGUGAAUCAGAGAUUGGACAAGAUGGCUCAACCCCGACCGCGAGGACCACCCACGCCCAGCAUGAAUACACCUGCCGCCGACUUUGAUCAACAACUCACUGGCUCUCCCCCACAUCCCCCCACCCCAGCCGCAUCGCCAGGGCCGACGAAUGCUCAACCCGACUGGAGUGAUGCUGCCGAUGACGAGGAUUUCUUUCUGGCCAACGUACGACAAGUCUUCAAGACCUGCUCCGGGCCGCAUCGAAAUCGAAUACUGGCGGAUUUGCUGAACAUGUGCACGACUCAGCAACUCAGCUUCGUUCACCAGUUUGUGAGCCCUCUACUGAAGAAGGAUCCUUUUACCAGCCUGCCGGAUGAACUUUGUUUGAGGAUACUUUCGUUUAUAGAUGAUCCGCAAGUCCUCGCCCGAGCUUCGCAGGUGUCCCGGAGGUGGAGGGAUCUUCUUAGCGACGAUGUGACAUGGAAGAACCUUUGUGCCAAGCACGACUAUGGCCGGCGGCUUUCGGAGGUCUAUUAUGGGGUUCCAUCAUACGCUGCAAGCAGACCCGGUGCUCUACCUUUGACCGACCCGGACUACGCGAAUCAUAGUUUUCCCGGCGCUCUUCCUGGCUCUGCGGCUUAUUAUGCUGCAUCCCGCAGUGUCGAUGGAUCUUCGGAUACUGCUCUCAUUGAGCGACCAAAACUGCGGUCAUACAAGUCUCAUUUCAAGCAAAGAUACCUGGUUGAGUCAGCAUGGAGGACUGGUGGACGCCAUACGACUCGAACUAUCACUCAAGAUGGAAGAGUAGUCACCAGUUUGCAUCUUACACCCAAGUACAUCGUUGUAGCGCUUGAUAACGCCAGGAUACAUAUCUUCGACCGCGAGGGCAAUGCACUUCGAACUCUCCAAGGUCAUAUUAUGGGCGUGUGGGCUAUGGUUCCAUGGGAAGACGUUCUUGUCAGUGGUGGUUGUGAUCGUGAUGUACGGGUUUGGGACAUGGCCAACGGUUCAUGCUUACAUACAUUGCGAGGUCACACUUCCACGGUACGCUGUCUUAAGAUGUCAGAUGCGAACACGGCGAUUUCAGGCUCACGGGAUACUACCCUGCGGGUCUGGGACAUAAGACAAGGUGUCUGCCGGAACGUUCUCGUGGGUCACCAAGCCAGCGUAAGAUGCCUGGAGAUUAAGGGGGAUAUCGUUGUGUCCGGAAGCUACGAUGCUACGGCCAAGAUAUGGAGUAUCUCGGAAGGCAGGUGUCUUCACACCCUUACAGGGCAUUUCAGUCAGAUUUAUGCCAUCGCCUUUGAUGGCCAGAGAGUUGUGACUGGAAGUCUCGAUACUAGUGUUCGGGUUUGGAAUGCUUAUACAGGUGAGGCCAUAGCAGUUUUACAGGGACACACCUCGUUGGUUGGCCAACUUCAGCUGCGUGGGAACACUCUCGUCACCGGAGGUUCAGACGGAUCGGUCAGAGUGUGGUCUCUGGAGAAGAUGUGCCCGAUUCAUCGACUGGCGGCACAUGAUAACAGCGUCACUAGCCUUCAAUUUGAUGACACCCGCGUCGUCAGUGGAGGCAGUGAUGGUCGAGUCAAAGUCUGGGAUGUCAAGACUGGCCAUCUCGUGCGAGAACUCAUUACGGCAGAGUCUGUAUGGAGAGUAGUCUUUGAGGACGAGAAGUGCGUCGCGGUGGCUAACAGGGGAAGCCGAGUCAUGAUGGAGGUGUGGUCAUUUUCACCUCCCGAGGACGCUUACGAGAGACCGGUAUCAUUGCCUCAGAGGCUCGCUGAACCAUCGCCGACACAUCCUCUGACAGCUGAUUUCCGACGAUCUACUCUCGGAUUAUCAAGUAUUGACAUGGACGAAGAUUCGGGCAGUCAAGACAUUGACAUGAGAGACGCUGGCCCGUCCACUGCACCACUAGCUGGAAACACGACAUUUUUCCAUGAUGACUGA